AGUGUUGUUUACUUGAUUUAUGUGCUACAAAAUUAUCAAGUAAGUGAUAUAAAAUGCUUCCUAGAGCAGUGUUUUAAAUGGACUACAAGUAAAUCAUAAAACAUGACUAUUUUCCUUAUGUCAAACAAUAAAGAAAGGACGUUUUUCAAACGCAUUUUUUAUCUUGUCAUUUUAGUACUUUUUGUAUGUGUACCCCUGAGGACAAUUGCAUACCUUGCUCGUGAGUUCAUUCUUUGUACAAACAGGAACGACACGCCCAUUGCAAGUUAUACACAUAAAGAUAUACCGAAACGAAUUCAUCAAGUGUUUUUCAAAGUAUCGAAUUCAUCAAUCCAGGAAAAGUUUACAAAAGGACCAGAGUCUUGCAGGAGACGCAAUCCAUCAUAUUUAUAUACACUCUGGAAUAAAACAAUGGUCGACGAGUUUAUAGAAAAUAACUACCCGGAUGUGAAGCAGUUAUAUGACAGCUAUGACCAUUGGGUUAAACGAGUAGAUGCUGCCAAAUACCUUGUGUUGUUCCAUUUUGGUGGAUGGUAUAUUGAUAUGGAUUUAAUAUGUAAACGCAGCUUUGACAAGUUGGUGACAGAAGCCAAUAGAAAGGAUGCUAAUGUCAUUGUUCAUACAACGGGACCUGUUGGUAUUUCAAACGAUUUUUUUGGAAUUAGCAAACACCACCCAUUUCUAAAUGACGUCAUAAACUCAUUACGUCAUUCAAACCAGCAGUGGUACUUUCUUCCAUAUAUAUCGACGAUGUUUUCGACAGGACCGACAUUCUUUUGGGGCAGAUAUUUAAAUUACCCGCAAAAGAACGACUUUUACAUUACAAGCAACGAUUCAUAUUACCUUGACAAUCUUCACGGGGCAUCUUGGCAUUCGUUUGACGGCGUAGUGAUUUGGUAUUUUUUUCACAAUAUGUCGGAAUACUGGAUUUGCUUGUUGACACUUAUGUUGACUAUAAUACUAUUAUUAUGUUUGCGGUGCAGGAAAAGAAAUUCUUCACUUGAAACGCCAGAAAAUUGAUUUUUGACAACGUUCGAUUGAACAAUGCGUGAACAUAUAAUAUUAUGGAAAACUAAAUUCAAAGUUUUACAAUGUGAAUAAGAUUAUAAGAAGUUAAGGAUAAAUCAGUAAAAAUUCGGCCCCCUUGCAGGAUUUUCAUAAUUUAGAGAUGAUAUAAUUAUUCAUUUCCAUAUCAAUUUGAGGUCCAUAUAAAGGACAUUGAAGUCAAAGAAAUUUAAUUUUAUCAUAAGACAGCAGGUGUCAAGUGCCGUGUGGCAGCUGUAAAAAGUUGCCCUGGUCGGAUGGGGGCUGCGUUCAUUGAAUGCCGCCUUUCCUUGUCGAUCUUGUUUAUCAUAUUUUUCACUUCAGUGUUGUUAUAUUUUUUCUAGUCCUUCGGGGAUGCCAGCACUAUUAAGUGUUGAGAAUUGAGUACCGCUCAAGUCGAUGCUAGGAUGA